GCUCCGUGCCUCAUUAAAUCCUUUGUAUCAUCUCUGACAGCACACCCUCCUCCCUCUCUCCCCCUCCCGGGUGGAGGCAGACUUGAGUAGGCUACAGUAGGCGGCUAUCGUUAUUUCUGCUCUUACUGUGUUCCUCCAAGUGGGAGGUGUUUGUCAUCUACUCUUCCCACCCUGGAGGAGCGCAGCAGACCUCAUAAUGCUCUUUCAAGCAAUGAGAACUUAGCUCAAACUCAGGUGUUGCCCAGUCACCUCAGAGGAUGGAGCUUCAUCUCCACUCCUCUCCACCCCUUUUUUUUAAUACAACUUUUAUUGUCAUUGCAGCCGUCGUCCCUCUCUCUCCAGGAGAAUGAGCCGAUGGAAACAGCCAGUGAAGAAGAGGAACGGGAAAAGAAUGAGGAAGAAGAAGAGGAGGAGGAGGAGGAGGAUGAUCCCCGGAGUUCUGAUGAGGAGGGAGGACUAUCCCCGGUAGCCAUGACAACCGAACCAGAGCUCAUUGAGAAAACCACAGAAGAUGCUGAGAUCCAUACAGCAUCAAAGCAGGAGAGCCCCCAACAGCAGCAGCAGCAGCACGGUGGCAAAGAGAUGUGCGGGCUUGAUUCCUUCACCAGGACACCGCAUCCACCUGUUCAUGGAGCCUCCCUGUCACAAUGUAACAGCGCAUACUUGGAGGAGAGAGCUGUCGUCCCCGAUCAGCUUCAUAUGGAGGCACAGGUGAGUGCAAGCAUCUGUCCUGUUGGUUUUUACUGUGGGAUGAUGUUAUCAAAACAAGUCCAAAUUACUCAAACGCCAACCAUGACUGAGUCUGAGUGCGGACCUCUGUUGCAUCUCGCCUGUUAUCUCUCUACAAAUGUCUCUAAUAAAGUGUAA